CGCCUAGAAAUGCAGCGCGAUUAGGAGUGAAAGUGGAUGGAGUAGUGUUGGAAUACCAUCUUUGCAGAAAUUCUUAACAUCUUAAUGAUAUUAAAAUUUCGUUAUAGGUCUUAGUUAUUUAGAUAAACUCAGACUCGUUAAGCGGUGGCAAAACAAAAGAACAAAAUGCACUUAACGAUUGAUUAAGAUUUAGCCUUUAAAAGGCACAUAUAAUGACUAAAAGAUGAAGAAUUAAGACUCAGACAUUCAUUAAAUGCAAACAAACGCGACCUAUGUUGAUUUUCUUACAUUGUUUUCUAUGUUGUACAGCUCAUCUAGCAAAAUGGAAGGAGCAACUCCUUCAGUGUUAUGUAGUCACUUUGUUGUCAUGUUGAUCCUACUUCUACCAGAUACAUCAGUGGCUGAACCAAGAUCCCAGAUAAUCCAGCUCAUAUGUGGAAACAGAACGACGGUUUCCGUCCCAAAUUUUGUCGGUACAAUGGAAACGUUGAGUGAACAAGUGAGAGCUAGAGGAUAUGGAGUAGCAGUUACUGGCACUAGACCAGAUGCUACCUAUGGAAUUAGCCAAUGCUAUGGUGAUCUAUCAUUAAUCGACUGUGUCUUAUGCUUUUCUGAAGUGCGAACCCUUAUUCCCCAGUGCUUCCCUUAUAACGGAGCACGAAUUUUUCUUGAUGGCUGCUUUAUGCGAGCGGAGAAUUACAGUUUCUAUGACCAGUAUUUAGGUCCAGAGGACAGGCGAGUAUGCGGAAAUAGGACGACAAAGGGUUCAUUGUUCCAACAGAAUGCUAGGGCAGCUGUUCAGCAAGCAGUUGGAAAUGCACCGAGUAAUAAUGGCUAUGCGCGUUCCCAAGUGUCAUUUCCCAGGGAUUCCAAUGAUACAGCUUAUGUUCUAGCUGAUUGCUGGAAGACGCUGAGUGCAAAUUCCUGCUCAGCGUGUUUGCAAAAUGCAUCUGCAUCCAUGUUGGGAUGCUUGCCUUGGUCAGAAGGUAGAGCUCUGUACACCGGAUGCUUCAUGAGGUAUUCCGAUACCAAUUUUCUCAAUGCUAUUACUACCAACGGAGGCUCGUCAUCAAGGGGAAAAGUUGUAGUCACUAUCAUUGUUGUUAGUUCCGUUGUCGUUUUGGGAGUAGGUGCUUUCAUUGAUUUUGGUGUCUGGAAGAAUAAACUAAUCCAGAAGAAGAGAAAAGGUGCAAAUGAUGCCGAGAAAUUAGUGAAGAUACUUCAUGACAUCAGCUUGAACUUCAAGUAUUCGACGCUUGACAAAGCCACGGGGUCAUUUGAUGAGGCCAACAAGCUCGGGCAAGGUGGAUUUGGCACAGUUUAUAAAGGUGUUUUGGCAGAUGGGAGAGAGAUCGCCGUCAAAAGGCUGUUCUUCAACAACAAACACAGAGUUGCAGAUUUUUAUAACGAGGUUAACAUAGUCAGCAGCAUUGAGCACAAAAAUUUGAUAAGGUUAUUGGGAUGCAGCUGCUCAGGACCGGAAAGCCUUCUUGUAUACGAGUUCCUCCCUAACCAGAGUCUUGAUCGCUUCAUAUUUGACCCUAUCAAAGGUAAAGCUCUAAACUGGGAGAAAAGAUUUGAGAUAAUUAUUGGUACAGCAGAAGGAUUGGUAUACCUUCACGAGAACACAAAGACACGAAUAAUACACAGAGACAUAAAGGCAAGCAACAUCCUGUUGGACUCGAGGCUCCGUGCAAAGAUUGCUGAUUUUGGGCUGGCCAGGUCAUUCCAAGAAGACAAGAGUCACAUAAGCACUGUCCUUGCUGGCACAUUGGGAUAUAUGGCUCCAGAAUACUUAGCACAUGGUCAAUUAACAGAAAAAGCAGAUGUUUACAGCUUUGGAGUUCUUCUACUAGAGAUUGUUACUGGAAAACAAAAUAACAAGAGAAAAAACGACGAAGAUACAGUCAGCUUAGUUUCCGAUGUGUGGGAGCACUUUCAACGCGGGAUAGUGGAGGAGCUGUUCGAUCCAAAUCUCAUGUUGCAUAACUGCCAUACAAUCAAUGUACAAAAUGAGGUUGCGAGAGUGUUACAUGUGGGACUUUUGUGCACUCAAGAGAUCCCAACGUUACGUCCAUUCAUGUCUAAGGCAUUAAAAAUGCUCGUGAAGAAAGACGAAGAGUUGCCUCCUCCUACUAAACCGCCAUUCGUGGAUGAGAAAACCAUGGAACUUCACGACCCUUGGGAGAAGAACUUGCUCAAACAAGGCGAUUCUGCUUCGAUUGCCAAGUUAUCUCACAGUUCUUUUUACCCAGAUGAUGAUAUCUCAGUGCUCCUGAACUGAAAGUGAUGUAAAAAUUAUAGCUAUCUCAAGCUGUCAAGCAUAUCCUUUCACCUCGUGUUCUUGAAGGAGACUUCAUCGUGAUCGAUCGAGCAGUUUGUUACAACAACCACAGCAACUAUGUUUCUGUCUCAAACAAGUUGAGGUCGGCCAUAUGAAUUCUCAGUAUUCCAUUUAAGCGGUUAGUUGUAAGUUUAAAACUUCAGAAUACAUUUUUCAAUUUUUUCAUGUAUUAUUUGUCAAUUUGGAAAAUAUUUUAUCUAGGAAAACAAGUUCU